UGCGCAGGUAUCUUCUGUGUCCGGCAGUCUUGGAUUUACUCAGAGCGUGUGUUGUGAAAAGAGGCAAAGCAACGCUGUGCAACUCAUCUGAUCAACGAACAUGUGCAAUAUUUUGGCAUCGCUCUUUGGUCUAUCCCAGAGGACCAGCGCGCCCAAGGAGGAGGAAGGUCAAAGGUGGAGACGAGUUUUCCCUCAAGUCGUGGUGGUCAACGGGGCAGCCACCUUCCUCGCGUUCUUCUCCAACUGCGGACCGUGUAUCUUCACUGCCUGCGAGGUCCAAGGCUACGCGCUAUGGGGUGCAGCCGAAACCCUAUCAACGUGGUUCGUGAGAUGGUACUUCGUUUCGCUCGGGCUCCUCAUCCUUUUCACAAUCCUCUCGUGCUGGUGCAAGAUCUGCGUGCUUCUGGAAGAUCAUGGGCGACGGAACAGCGCAAGGGCACAGCUCCUCCUCAACACCUUGGUCGUCUGCUUCAACUACGCCGUAGGGUGGCUGCCGUACACUCUGCUGGUGGGCAUCAGCGGUAGCCUGGAUGGAGGGACCUUUGUGAAAGGCUUUGAAAGUCUAUGUGUGAACUUGGUCGAUGUCCUCCAAGCCAACACAAUGUUUAAGAACAGUACCUCCCAAAAGUAUAUUACUAAUUUACUUCAGAUUGUAAACAUAACAGACCAAUAUUACGUUCUCUUACAAGUCUAA